AUGCCACCCAGGUUUGAUACCAGCGUUUACACCGUAGGCUGGGUCUGCGCAAGCAAGGAUGAGGUCACUGCUUCUCGAGCAUUCCUGGAUGAAGAGCAUGAACAGCCUCCUAGACGGCCGAAUGAUAACAAUGUCUAUAUCGUUGGCGCAAUGGGAGAACACAAAGUAGUCAUUGCGUUUCCUGGAGCGGGCUCGCGGGGGGGCACCUCGGCACCUGAUCCUAAGAACCCGUUGAAUGACAUUCGGCUGGGAGAUGUUGUCGUUAUUGAGCCAAAUGGAAAACACAACUUUGUGCUUUAUCUAGUCCACUCAGGUUCUCACAAUAAUCAAGGUGGGGUGCUGCAGUACGACAAAGGUCGGUGGGGAGAGGAUGGAGUGUUUGAAAUCAGAUCUCAUCUGAAACGGCCUCCAAAAGAUCUGCUGGCUGCCAUGAACCUGCUAAAGUCAGACCAUGAUCGUGGGAUGGGAAAGAUGAUCGAUUACUUUGAAGAUAUCAGUAGAAACUCGAGCAGGCUAGAUUACCGACUAUACAAACCAAGUCACCCGCACACUGAGGGAUUUGAUUGUUCGGGCUGCGGCACCGAGCAUUUAGAGACACGCCUUGAUCGUGAAUCAGAUAAUCCUGCCGUACACUACGGUCUCAUUGCCUCCGCCAACGCUGUCAUGAGGUCCGCUGUAUAUCGCGAUCAUCUGAGAGAUACCUGGGGAGUGUGCUGUUUCGAGAUGGAAGCAGCGGGUCUUAUGAAUUACUUUCCCUGCUUGAUUGUCCGAGGAAUAGCAGACUACUCUGAUAAUCAUAAAAAUGAUCAUUGGCAGCGCUACGCAGCAGCCAUGGCGGCCGCGUACGCCAAAGAUCUCCUACGAGUCAUACCACCUGAGGAUGUCGGCAGUACCGAAAUCACUUCUCGAACUAACGAAGACUGUAUGUCAAAAUGGCUCAAUGAUUUUUCCUACGAUCUAGACAAAAGUUUCGUCUUCGAUGAAAUCCACCCAGGAACAGGCCAGUGGUUAUUGGGCUCGGACGAGUUCCAGUCCUGGUAUCAGACCAGAGGACAAACACUACUCUGUCUAGGCAUUCCUGGCGCAGGCAAGACGGUUAUGGCAGCUACCAUCAUUGAAUAUAUUAAUACACACCGGCACAAUGACAACCUGAAUCACGCACUUGGAUAUGUGUUCUUCAGCUUCAACUUUCCAUCACAAAAGAGAACCAAGAACUUUGUCGCGUCAAUUUUGAAACAGCUUGCCCAACAAGACCGGCAUCUGAUGCAGGGUUUGAAGGCUCUUUACGGUCGACAUAGUGUCAGGGGCACGCAACCUUCAACACACGAGAUUAUCGACGUUCUUUGUUCUAUGAGCAGUGAUAGGCAAAUAUACAUCGUUGUCGACGCGGUGGAUGAAAUCCAAAGUCUACACAAAGAACCUACGGAAUUCUUAUUGGAGUUGUUUCGAAUACAGGAUGCUACUGGCCUAAAUAUACUCGCAACCUCACGCUUCGCCCCCGAGAUUGAAAAGAUCUUCAGGGAAAGGGACGAUUGUUCCUUUCUGGAAAUACGUGCCACGGAUGAAGAUAUUCGAAGGUAUGUUCAGGGAAAUAUCACUUCCCUGCCGUCCUUUGUCACGCAGGAUCAAGCAAUGGCAGACAGAAUAUCAAAGGAAAUUCCCCGGGCUGCUAGCGGAAUGUUUCUUUUUGCAAGGCUGUGCCUCGAUUCCUUGCGGGACCAAGUCUCACCCAAGCGCAUGCACCGGGCAUUAACAGAGAUGUCUAACAAUUCAGGGCUUCGGAGAUUGGCGUACCAAGAGACCAUGAAGCGUAUCGAGAGUCAAUCACCAAACUUGAGAAACCUGGCAAUACAUGCCCUUUCAUGGAUUGUUUGUGCUAAAAGACCUCUGAGUAUCUUGGAAUUGCAGCAUGCAUUAGCGAUACAAACAGGCAGUCAUUCGAUUGACACGGAAGACGUUGCUGAUGCCACAUUGAUAAUCUCUGUGUGUGUGGGGCUCGUUUCUGUGGACAUGGAGAGCGGCGUUGUCCGUCUCGACCACCCUACCACACAGGGCUUUUAUAGCAACUUCCUGGAAGAAUGGUUUCCAAAUGCUAUCGGAAGAUUGCCGAAGCAUGUGUCACAUAUCUGUCCUUUGACCGGUCUAUGA